GUGACAUACAAAAGCUUCGUGAGUAUCUCUCACUUGUCGGUGUAAGUGUAAUGUGCUUUCUGAAAAGAAUUGAGUUUUGGUUUCGCCUAAGUCACCCAAUGCGAGACUAACUUUUGAACCUUCGAAAUUCUCAACUCGUCUGUGGUUAUUGUUUCUCGUUUUCUUGCUGUUUUUCUUUCUUACCGACACCCUCUUCUCAAUUUUAUUUCAGAUAAGUCUUUCGAAGUCGGCUCAUCCGAUGGGCGUGUUUUCGCAUCCAGAGCUGCGAAUCUCCUCCUCGCGUGGGCUCAAAAAUAUGAAGCGACGACAAUAAAGUUUCCCAACCACUAUUCAAAACACAAAGACGACAAAAAUUCGUUCAUCUGUGCUUCACGCACUCAAAGGUAAGCUCAAAUUAUUCAACUCCAGCAUCUGUUGUAAUUGCCUCUGACUCACUUAUGCGGGAUAGCCUUGGAGUUCAGUUCAGCUACAGACCAUGUUUCAUAAUUUCAUCUCUUGAUCUUUAGCCGGAGAACAAAAAGCUUUCUAUUCUAUGGUGAACAAAUAAACUGGAAGUGUGAGAAGUUCUGAAAAGAUUAGAUCUAAUCUCACCAUCCUGUAGCUGUUGCCUUAAGCUUUCAACUUUCUUUUUCACUCAAGAAACUUAUCAAACACACCCGGCCGGUGAAACUGCUUUGUGUCACUUACUCGCACGGUUACCCGAAGGCCAGUUACGUCGUUUUCGAGUCCUCGCUGGCUUGUAAUCUGUACAACAUCACAGUAUCUACAAAUCAUACCAACGUUACUCCUGCGGGUUGGAUUCCGUAAUGACAUUACGUCCAUGCAUAAAAAUAUACUUUUAUUUCUUAUAUAGCUUGAUUGUUUACAGAUAAUGGAAAUAACUCAAUUUUCACAAAUGCGAACUAUCGCAUACCAUAUAGAGCGUAGUUUGCAGUAUGUUUGGUAAAAGAGGGCUAUAAUUUAUACAUGUCUUGUCUGGCAUAAAGCAAAAAAAAAAAAGAUAAUGAAAAGACAGUUCGCGUGUUCAUCAAUUAAAUCCCCCUUAGGAAAAAGCAUUGUGUCAAAAUUCUUGCGCGCGUCAAGUAAAUGAAACUUGCGCGCGCAAAAAAAAACCGACAUGAAAACCGGCUUAAGCGAAUUUACCCAAUUGUAAAAUUCCAUGGGUACAGCGUUCGGCAAAGCAUUCUCGUUCAUAUCUUCUAGCGAAAAAAAAACAUUAAAACCUUGUACACUCGUAAAAUUUGUUAUGUAAACAAUUCUCUGAGGAGCAAGAUGUUAUUAAAUACAGAGUGCUUAUUAGCUCCAUACACCAGUGACAAUUCCACGCCAUCUUAAUCAAGCCUUUCUUGAUAUGCAGACUGCCUCUCAAUUAAUUAACUAGUUUCAAUUUUCGAGAAGCUCUAUGUUCCGACCUCUGACUAGUAAGGAAGACGAAACAAGUUAAUGCAACAGAAUUUUAUGUAACUACCAUCAAGAGAUUUUAACUCUUGAUUUACCUAACAGCAAACGAUUACAACCUCCCUUGCUGUUCCCGCGGUUACCGGUCAGUGGUGCUCAGUUCACUUCAUGUUACGACACUGAAAGUCAAAUCUUGAUGAUUAGAUAAACGAAAAAUUAUUCGAACAGAGAGGAAUGACAAUUUAAAGAUCAAAUUGAUUGUUGUAUGUUUUCAUCAAGAUCUUAUCGUCUCUAUAAUGUGGGAUGAUUUUAAACUAAAUUGAACCUCUAGCACAAGUAAAUUAGUUGCUUUAAAGAAUUGCUACCUGCUAACUAGGAUUUGUAUGAGAUCCUGAUAACACGAGGAGUGAAAGUCUUAAGGCUGGAAAGAACAAAGAUGAACGUUGUUUCGCAGAUGGUAAAUUACUGGAAAUAAAACGAGUUACAAAAACUACUUUCAAUCUUUAUUUUGAUUCAGUCGUUAAACAGCGGUCAUCAGUUACCUCUCGUCUCCUCACUAAAAUGCGCGCGGGAAGAGAUGCAUGAAGAUCUUGGAAGGAGAGAGCCGCAGUAGUCACUUGUGCGCAUUUCAAACCUAGUUUCAUGUUCAACUUAUAAAUUUAAAUGAUUGAUUAGUUGUACCUGUAGGGCUGGUAAAAAGUAACUUUGCUUUUUCUCGUGAUUUGUCGUUAUAGACUGGUCGUAAAUUAACCCACAGUAAUGCAUGCGCUCUCAGUGGCCGCAUCGUCACGAGCUUCCGGUUAUGAUGGAGACCGCUAUGUCAGAUGUGAAAAUUUAUUGGAACCCUAUGGCCCGCAAUCAGUCACAACAGCGGAUACAGGAAUAAGAAUUCGCAUCAACGUCCGGGGACUUGUUUUCGAAACCUAUGAACAAACUCUGGCCCAGUACCCUCAAACAUUGCUCGGUUCGCCAAGCAAGCGGAGGGAAUAUUACAACACUCUGAGCAAGGAAUACUGUUUUGAUCGUGAUAAAGUUGUGUUUGAUGCCAUACUAUUUUUCUAUCAAUCCUGCGGAAUUUUAUCAUGUCCCGAGCACGUUCCACGGGAAAGUUUUUUAGAGGAAAUCAAAUUUUUCCAGCUUCAUGAAGCGGACUUGAGGUACAAGCAGGAAAUUGAACCUGAGAAGGUGAAAGAUGUUGAAGAGGAGAUGCCCGAACAUCCGAUUCAGCGAAAAAUUUGGAGGCUUCUAGAAUACCCUCACACCUCCAUUUGGGCGGAUUUGCUGGCAAAAUUCAGUUUACUUGUGAUAAUAUUAUCAACGAUAACAUUUUGUAUUGAGACUAUCCCGAGGUUUAAUCGGCGCACUGUUUGUCGUGAUGUCACUUCGAGCUCCUUACACAACAAUACCAACGGUCAUAUAUUGUCACGUGACCUCUACAACACUUCGCUGGGCGAUAAUCACAUCAACCUGACAGAGACACACUGUACUGUUAUAGAACGUGGUACCUAUUGGUCAACGAUCGAGACUGUCUACGUAGCAUGGUUUACGUUUGAAUAUGUUUUGCGACUUAUUGCUGCUCCAAAUCGAAUCAAAUUUAUGACUUCCGCCUUGGGUUUAGUUGACUUUUUAGCCAUUUUGCCAUUUUAUAUCACUCUUAUCUUCGAAGCGGAUGGUGUCUUGAUGACGUCAUUUCCGGUUUUAAGGAUAAUUCGCCUCAUUAGAGUGUUACGAGUCCUGAAGCUUUCUCGCUACAGCAAAGGCUUGAAAGUUCUCGCUCAAACAUUAGUUAUGAGUGGAAAAGACCUACCGUCGCUAUUAGCAGUUAUGAUUAUUAAUGUGAUCCUCUUCUCCAGCGUCAUUUACUAUGUUGAGAAUGACGUGAAAGACAAUGACUUUGAUAGUAUACCAGACGCCUUUUGGUGGACGAUAGUCACCAUGACCGCAGUGGGUUAUGGGGACAAGGUACCGAAAGGUGCUCUGGGUAAAUUAAUUGGAGCCAUCUGUGCUGUAUCCGGGAUAGUUGUUCUGUUUUGUUUCCCCACCCCUGUCCUGCUGUCACACUUUGAGGAGAUGUACAAGCUAAAGGGAAGUAGUCCGGCGAACAAACAGAAAGGGAAGGAAAAGCAAAACAGUGGGAAACAGGAGGAUGAAAGCAAAAUGAAAGACACUGAAGUCACUCUGUUGGGAGAAGGAGAAAGAAUUGAGAUUUACGUUUAAUUUUUAUAUCCAAAUUGUUUAGGUAUGGUUUCUCUAGACCCCUGAAAAAGGUGCAAAGUUUUCAGAGGCGAAAGUUAAGAAUCACAGUUUUGUUAGAAAAAGUAACGAUAUAAAUGAUAAUAAAAAGAAUCUCAUCCCUUACCCAGCUUUCCCUCGGUUUUAUGUAAAAAUUUCACCGACAAUGAAAAGAUGUAGGUACAAGAUAUAACAGGAUCCGUAGCUAAAAGAC